UUGAAGCAGUUGGAGGAUGCCUCACAUAGAAAGUUCGAGGCGCUGGAAAAAUGGGACAGUGAUUGUGCUGAUGUCAUUGUCUGGUUGAGGAAUAAUCACCACAAAUUCAAGAUAGAGGUGUUUGAGCCUCCAAUGUUGUGCCUUACAGUCCCGAACAGCAAGUUCGUGCACGCAGUCGAGGUGUGUUUCCCCUCCAGUGCCCUGAAGACAUUCAUCGCGCAAUGUGAAGAGGACUAUUCACUGCUAAACCAGAUGCUG